AUGCCAGUACCAAAGGGUUUUCAGAUCAUAGUUGAUAUGGUUGGCAUCCAGUACAACCCACGAUACUUUAACGAGCCCGAAAAGUUCAAGCCUUCCAGAUGGCAUGGUAUUUCUAAUGAGUCUGAGGCAUUCACCGCUUUCAGCAUCGGCCCACGGGCAUGCCUUGGAGGAAAGUUGCUACCACUGAGGCCGUGUGCUUCUUGA